CCUUGCUCCUUUGCGCUUCUCCCAAGAGCUCUCUCAAGAGGUCUCCCUGGAUUCUGCUGUGACCUGCUGCGAUGCCCGAGGAACGCCGCCCCUCUGAGACCUGGUCGCCCAUCGAUCCUGCCAGCCCCGAGGUCAUCUCGCCGGGCUCGCUGUUCCCGGUCGAUCAGUUCGGCCAGUGGAUGCAUCCCCUCGAGGCCGUCGUGAAGUUUGCUCGCGAGGAACCCGACAUCCUCGCCAUCUUCACGCUGGAAAAUGGCUCUGCCGAGCGAUACACCUAUCUCCAGCUCUGGGAACGAGCGUACUCGAUCGCCCAGGGCCUCAAAACCCUGCCUGGCUGGGACGACGAAGGGCACGACGUCGUUGCCAUCUACUGCGAGCCCGAAGCGCACUGGGUAUUCUAUACCUACGCAGUCUGGAUCCUUGGCAAGAGAGUUAUCAACUUUGCUCUGAACUGGCCGUCUGCCAUCCGCAAUGAGAUUGCCCAGAGGGUGGGCAUCCGCUACAUGCUCUGUCACAUGGUCAGACCCGGCCGCAUCCCAAACGUCGAGGUGGUCGAUGCGGGUCAAUAUCCCCUGGCUGAAACCGUCCCCGUGCCAUCUCUGGAAGUCUGUGCCCCGCUGCAAGAGUUGAUAUUUUAUUUGACCACCUCAGGAACAACAGGUGUUCCCAAGACAUAUCUCGCCAGCCACGUCGUGUGCGCUUCUAUCCGACCAGAGUGGGGAGUUCUCUACGGAAAGUUUGGCGUGUUCUUGGCUCCGUCUUUCAGCGUCUCCACUGUCUUCACAAUACUUACACCCACAUUCAAAGGCUCGUUGUGGUUUCCAAAACCCGCAUACACUCCCGCCGAUCGUGCCGAGAUGGUUAUCCGGCUCUUGGACAGUGGAAUGGACGUGCUUCAAGGGACACCAUCAUUCCUCAAGCUCGUUUUCAACCGCGCCGAUGCCAUGAGGGCCAAUUUGAGCUGGCCGGCUGUGCGCAGAAUCGCCCCCUCGGCAGAGCUGGUCACCAUCAGCCUUAUCAAGCAUGCUCGAAUGUUCUGUCCGAAUGCGACGAUACAGUGCGGAUACGGUUCAAGCGAGGCGGCACUACUGAGCGCCGUAGGCACGUGCAUCAUCCGAUCCUCGGAUCCCAUCCCAAGCCGCAUCGUGUACACCAUCCGCAACCCCGCUGUCCGGUGUCUUCUCUUUGACGAGCAUGGCAACACCUUGGAUACCACCAAUGUCAAGACAGGCAUCUUGGUCUAUACCACUGAGAACAGCGAUCGCAUCCGAAACCACCCUGACUUUUUGAAUGCCAAUCCGAACGACAAGCUAUCGUCGUUUGGGUUCCUCGCGGACGGCUCCCCACGAGUCUGUACCAUGGACGAGGUCGAAAUUGUCGGGACUAGGAAGAUUGUUGUAUUCGGAAGGUUCGGCCAGAAGGUCAGAAUCAAUGGGACCUACAUCGACCUCAAUGCCUUUGAAAACAUUCUGACAGCAGCCAUCUCGCAUAUGAUCUCGGAUUGCGCAUUUACGAUCACCUCGGGCCAGCAGAUCGUCUUGCUCUACGUUUUACGCAAGGGCACUCCCAUGCAUUUCACAUCCCGCCAAAUCUAUGAUGCCGCCGAUACCAUUUUUUCUCUUCAGAGCCCCGUCCUUUUCCCGAUCCACAAUUGCAUCGAGCUGCAGGCAAUGCCCUUCAAUGACUCUGGAAAACGGGAUCUCAAGAAGCUCAAGAAAAUUGCCGAGAAUGCGGACCAAUAUGCGCUGGCGGUGUCAUAUCCGGCCCUCGAAGAUGACGGAGCAUAUCAAUCCAAGAUCGCAAUCAAGGUUUCGCGCAUCGGCAGCGUAAUCCUCGAUGUCGACGUGCUCGACGGGCGCGACUAUUACCUGGCCGGCGUUGGCUUUGACUUCAUGUCCGCCAGUCGGCUCGCCCUGGUCAUCAAAGAAGAAUUUGAUGCGGGCCUCGCCCCAUUGAUUCUGCUCUCCCAUGGAAUGACACCCCGAAGCAUCGCUGCCAUCAUCUCGGAUAUCCAAAGCAACAAGUCCCUCACAUGCACCUCACUCGACCUCCUUGAAGAAGCCGCCCGGCUCGAUGACCCGAGCGUUACGGCCAAAAAUUUGCCACGGUUUGUUUUCCCGACAUCGCCUCGCGGCAUCGUACUGACGGGCGCAACCGGCUUCCUCGGUAUCUUCCUGCUCUUUGAGCUGGCGGCCAAAUUUCCAAGCGCCCGGAUUGUAUGCUUGGUCCGGGCUGCGAGCGAACAUGCGGCCCUCGAGCGUCUCCAACAAACGGCACGAUCCCUUGUCCUGGCUUCGCAUAACGCAACAGACCCCAAGUACAACAUCUGGGACAGGGUCGAUGCCGUCCCAGGCGAUUUGGCGCUGGACAUGUGGGGGCUCUCGGUCGCGCGAUGGAACCAGAUUGCCCAGGACACGGACGUGAUUGUCCACGCCGGCGCCGUGAUCAACUGGAUCCAAAGUUACGAAGAACUCAAAGGGCCCAAUGUCCUUAGCACGACAACAGCCCUGCGACUGGCUACCACCCAUCAUCUGAAGCCGCUUCACUAUAUCUCGACCAUCGGCGCCGUCCCGACAGCAAAGAACAGCAAUGAGUUGCUCGAGGAGCGCGUCUACUCGGCCUGGAACAUCUCCGGUGGCUAUCUGCAGACCAAAUGGCUCUCUGAGCAGCUGAUCAGCAUGGCGCGGGCCAAGGGGGUUCCAGCGACGGUCAUCCGGCCAAGUAUGAUUACUGGCGACAGUCUCUAUGGAGUCUGCAAGUCGGACGACUACAUUUGGCGAUACAUCAAGGGCUUCAUCCAUCUUGGCGCUGCCCCGUGCCACGGGAGCACAGUGACCAUGAGCUUCGAUCCCGUCGACCAUGUUGCUCGUGUGACGACCGAGAUUGCGGCUUCUGAGCAAGCUCUUUCGCUCUUUGUUUUCCACAUCAGCGACCCGGAAAACAGCGCCAUCAACGAGCCCACAAUGUUCAAAGCAGUCCGGGACCUGGGAUGGGAGAUCUUCUUUGAGACCCGCGAACACCUCAAGGACGCCCUGGCCCACUCCCUCGCGGCUCAGGAGAACGCAUUGUUCCCGUUGGUGCACAUGGUCAUGAGCAUGUCCUUCCGCAUCGACAACCCGCACACUCGCGCGAUCUAUCCUAUUCGCUGCAUCUCGUCUGCGCUCCAGGCAGAGAUCUGUCUGCGAUAUCUGCUCAGCAUCGGAUUCCUGCCCGUGCCCGGCAAGGCGUCUCGGACCAUCCGCUGAGCCCUGCUCAUGCGACCCUCGUAGUAUAGCACCUGUCAAUACACCGCAUUCAAGCGCA